AUGGCUCUCCUCGUCGACAAGCUGCGUCCUCGGACGCUUGAUGCUCUCACAUAUCACCCCGAGCUCUCAGACCGUCUCCGUUCAUUGGCUCAAAGCGGAGACUUCCCUCACCUGCUUGUCUAUGGACCAUCCGGAGCAGGCAAGAAAACACGUAUCAUCGCGACACUGAAAGAAUUGUACGGGCCGGGAGUCGAGAAGAUCAAGAUUGACGCGCGAGUGUUCCAAACGACAAGCAACCGCAAGCUUGAAUUCAACAUCGUCUCCUCCGUCUACCACCUCGAGAUCACGCCCGCGGAUGUCGGUAACUACGACCGAGUCGUGGUCCAGGAAUUGCUGAAGGAGGUCGCCCAAACACAGCAGGUGGAUCAGUCUGCGAAGCAACGGUUCAAGGUCGUUGUGAUCAACGAGGCCGACCACCUCACCCGUGAUGCCCAGGCUGCGCUGCGUCGUACUAUGGAGAAGUACAGUCCUAACCUGCGCUUGAUUCUCUUGGCCAAUAGCACCUCAAACAUCAUUGCUCCGAUUCGUUCGCGAACCCUGCUGGUCAGGGUGGCUGCGCCUACUGAAACCGAUAUCUGCUCCGCACUCCAAAUUGCUACGAAGAGAGAAGGCUGGAACGAGGCUGAGGGCUUGAACAAGAGGAUCGCAAAGGAGAGUGGGCGGAAUUUGCGCCGCGCGCUUUUGAUGCUCGAGGCUAUCUAUGCGCAGAAUGAAAAGGUUACAGACAAGACUGCGAUCCCACCGCCGGAUUGGGAAGCGCUUAUUUCGGUGACUGCGGAUGAGAUCCUUGCGGAACGGUCACCCGCUCGACUGCUACAGGUCCGCGCUCGUCUCUAUGAUCUCUUGACGCACUGCAUUCCUCCAUCUACCAUUCUUAAGACCUUGACCUUCAAGCUUGUUUCACGGGUGGACGACGCGCUCAAGCCGGAUGUUAUCAAGUGGUCUGCCUUUUACGAGCACCGCAUUAAGCUGGGAAGUAAAGUUAUUUUCCACCUCGAGGCUUUCGUGGCAAAGUUCAUGCGUAUCUACGAGAGUUAUUUGAUGGGCAUGGAUUUCUAG